AUGGCUACCCCUAGUGCCCUCGCUUUUGACGCUGAGGGUCGAGCCAUUGACUUUGACGUCUGGGUAGAUGACCUGCAGCUGUUUUUACAGUGCGAUAGGGCAGACGGUCUCUCUCUCUUUGACCUCACCUCUGGCGCCUCUCCUGCCCCUGCUGCUGAUGCUGACGCCACUGUUCGCUCCCAGUGGGCCACGCGCGACGCUGCUGCACGUCUUGCUGUGCAUCGCCACCUCCCUACCUCCGAGCGUGUGCACUUUAGUCAGUACAAGAGUGCUCAGACCUUAUACGACGCUGUAGUUGCACGCUACUCCUCCCCUGCCACUGCUGCACUGAGCCUCACCCGACUCCCUGACUCCCUUCGCAUAGUCAGGGACCACUUCCUCGCAGUGUGCCCCACCACUCUCACCGUUGACCUCCUCGAGAAGGCCCUCCUAGCGGCGGAGAAGAGCAUAGUUGUUGUAGGAGCCUCUCGUGGUGACCCCCGCACCCCUAUCUUUGAGGGGUGUUCUCCCUCCCCCUUCUUGCCCUCUGUUGCUUCUGCUGCUGCGGCCAACCUCGUUGGUUUUGAGUCGGUCGGUGCUGCGUCUGCCCCUUUGGGGAAGCGCCGCACAGGCAAGAGCAAGGGGGGCAAGGGAGCUGGAAGAGCUGGCGGGGGCGGUGGAGGUGGCGGUGGAGGCGGCGGAGGGAGUGGGGGUGGUGGUGGGAGUGGUGGUGGGGGUGGGGGUACCGGUGGCAGCAGUGGAGGCGGAGACGGCGGCGGUGGCGGAGGGAGCGGAGGCGGCGGUGGUAGCGGAGGCGGCGGUGGUGGCGGAGGCGGCGGUGGUGGCGGAGGCGGCGGAGGCGGCGGAGGCGGUGGAGGUGGCGGUGGAGCUGGUCGCGGGUCUACGCAGACAAGUGGCUCCGGUGGUGGUCCGCGCCAGCAGCAGCAGCGCGGUCGUGAGACCCUGUCCCCUCAGCAGCUCCGUGAGUGGUACACUGCACGCCAGCGGGGUAGGGGUUUUGGUCCGUGCACCUACGUCCUGCGCACCGGCGACCGUGCGGGUGAGCAGUGUGGGGGUGCGCACCCCACCCAGCGCUGCUUUGGCCGCCUGACGGACGCGUGGCGUCACCAGUUCCCUGAGGCUACGGAGAUCCCUCGCUGGGGAGAGCUUUCUAGGGCGGGAGUUGCCAUCUAUGAUCUUGAUUUUGAUGCUAUCCUUUCUGCCAUGUAUGCUGUGACUAUUAGUGAUGAGGGUGACUGUUACCGGUGUUUCCCGCCCGAUCCGGGCAUUGAGACUGGUGCUCUAGGUACUGGUGAGGCUGCUGCCCUAGGUGCUUGCGACGCUGCUGCUCUAGGUGCUCGUGCGUCUGCGUCCUCAGGUACUGCGCCGGCUUCGGCCUCCCUCACCUUCACCCUUGACUCUGGGGCUUCUCGCUCCUCCUUUCGGUACCGGUAUAAAAUGUGA